AAAAAAUAUUUAAAGACAGAGGAGGCUCUUAUAUUUUGGACACUGCAUCAAAUUCUACUUAUUUGAACGCAUCACUUUUUUUUUGUUUGUAAAUCAUUUGUUUUUAUGUUUGGUGCAAAAAUCGACAUUUUGGGACUGCGCAUGUCCAAUUUUAGUUAAGUUCCGGUAUUUUUGUUCUGCUUUUCAAAAGCAGAUGGUAGUUUUUUAGAUUCUCUGUAACCAUGUAUGUAAAGCUAUUGUUUUAACCUCCCCCGGCAAAUCACACCCAUAUAAGAGAUGAGGGCUACAUUAUAAGCCUGUUUGAUCGUAGGCUGAUGGGCAUAUUCUUCUUCUUCUUAAACUGUCAUGUAGAGUUGAGCCUUCCGCUCUUGGAACUCUAGGCCAGCAAAAGUGAACAAGAGCUCCCUCUCAUUGGCCUGUAUGAAAACAGUGUACACUGUUUUGUCUGGCGGGUGGGUCAGACUCGCGGCAAGAGGUCGCAUAUAGAUCUACUAAGACCCCCGCCAUUUUUCUUUUCUAUACCAGGCUAACCAUGCGGGACACCCCAUUUAUUAUGUAACGGCCCCUUGAGGAACAGCACCUGGAUUGUGACAAGGUCGUAGGAGCUUUUUUACAACUCCGCGCAGUGCAAUGAGGAUGCUCUCGCACCCCCCUUAGGCACCCCCAUGGGAGUCUUGUUUUGCUACCCUUUAGCCUAAUCAUUUCCUCCUACGAUAAUUUCCACCUGGGCGCCACUAUGAGGCAGGGUAGCAUGCCCUGGAUGGGCAUAUCAAAAUAAGCUUACAAACAUCUUGGGAAAGACAUGCCAAUCACAUUUAUACUGUUAGCUGUUAAAUAAAAUUAAAAAAGGAGCUGUCCCAACGAAUAAUAAUGAAUUUAACUCAUUCUUCUUCAUUGGACACUGCAAAAUCUUAAUAAGAAAUAUUAUUGGGAUUAAUAAAUCUAUGAUUUUUUCAAUGAAUAAACAUGACCUAGAUUGGGAUAUUUAGAAUAUAUAAUUUAUGAAUGAAAAAAAAGUGUGGGCUGCUAAUUUGAAGCCAGAGACCAUGCCCACUGCAGGUGGUCACGCCAGGUGAGCUGGCGGUGAGGAGAUGUAUUAACUAAGCAUGUAGUGUCACAAACUAUCAAACAGGCAGUGGAGGGAAGGGGGAGAGAGUCAUGAAAAGAAUUAUAAGCAUCUAUGGGAGGGAGGGGGUGUUAAGGUGUAACAAAACAAACAUCCAAAUUAUGGAAACAAGAGGAUCCAUGGAUGGGAAUUAAAGAAAGAGAGAGAGAGAAUACAUGUAACCUAGUUGAAAAUAUCAUGUUUAUUAAAUUAUAAUAAUUAAUUUAUUGAUCUUUAAUCUAUAUAGAUUUAUUUCUGUCUGUUUCUACACAUAGAUUAUAUAGGUAUUUAAAUAAAUAAACUAUAAACCAUAUAGUUAACGAUAUAUAUAUAUAUAGACAGAGAGAGAGAAUGAGCCAAUAGACUAUAAAUACAUAUUGCAGAAGUGAAUCUACUUCUUUUAAUACAAUCUAAAUAAUUUUUUUAACAGAGAUAUAAUUUAUUACCAAUUAGAUCUACAUAGUGGUGUUCAGUGACAGUGCUCAGUGUCCAAUGCAGGGGAAAGCACAAAAACUGCGUUCAGCGUAGGAGCAUGAAGUGACCCAAUUUAUUUUAAUAUAACAUCCUGACUAUGAGUGUUUGCCCAAGUGACAUGGUGACAGCCAUGUUGAGUGAUCUUGAUCCAGUUGCUGUCAUACUUGUUUCCUCUGGGACCAAGGGAAAUAGACUUUUGUUCAGAUAUCCGUAUUUUCAGGAACCACAUAGCAAUCAUAAAUCAAGCAAAGUUGCCAUUAAAAAUCCAUAUGCGAUUAAAAUUGCUGAAAAUUUCCAGGACUUAAAAAAAGGAAAAUCCAUCACUACUUUCAUCAAAGAUGGGAGUCUCACUGGCUUUGCGGACAAAACACUGGCCAACUUUCUCGUGGCCAAGUCUGAGCUGUGCGGGAAGAAAUUCAGUGUCAAGAUUGAUGAUGUCCGGUUUGUUGGAUUUCCGAUGUCACUAACCCAGCUGUCCAAAGAGACAAACUUGCAAAACUCUUUGAACUCACGACUGCAAAACAUUCUGGCAAUCAAUGUGGUGUUUGCCUUGCGAGCUAACAUCGCAGAAAGCGUUACAAACUGCUACCAGGAGUUGGCCCAACAAAUCGCAGUAGCCAUCGCCCAUGAAGAGAAAAGAUGUUUAUACUUAUCAAAAGAGGCCAAGAUUAUGAUGGCUGCUUUUGAGGAAGCAUCAGUGACUGGUGAUGAGGACACAGUCUCCCCCUUGAAGCAGAUCAUCCACAAUAGCAAUCUGGCCAAAGAGCUGAUGUCGGUCUUUGAUAACUUAGUAAAAUCUGGCCAAGUUUUAUUCUUUCUGAACCAGUGGGUGGAAAUUAAUUUUUGUUUGCUGCACAAAAUUCAUGCGAACGUGCCAGGUGGGGUGUUGUUGGAGACAUUUUACAGAUUUCUGACCUAUGUUCGACCAUAUCAUGCCAUUUUGUUGACGAAGCCUGAGCAAGAACUUCUCAGUUCUCUACCCCUCGAUGGCUGUCCCUCACUAUCUCGGCUCAUUAAGCUGACCACCCCAGUGAAAAAUUUGAAGAUAUUAGCUUUGGAAACUGAUCUCAGUAUAACACAGAUUUACCAGCUAGUGUGUCACUUGGUUUACUGGGGUUUUGCAAUACUCAUCUACCCCAUGUGUCAGGCUAACCAGUACGUGCUGUCUCCAUCUGCUGAUACUGCCGUUGAUUCCAAACUAAGCCAAGAGUUUCACACAAGUUUUCCAGAGCUCCACCUAGUGGUGGAAAUGUCCAGGUUUUCCUAUCCAUCACGCAUGCAUGAAUGUUUUGAUGUGGAGCCCAUUGCCAACACGGCAUUGAUGGACAAAGUCAAUCAGGUUGUCGUUUGGAUGCUAAGGCAUCGCAUUUUGAAUCAGCUGCACACUUAUGUGAACUUACUGCCCUCAAGUAAGAAAGAGUUCUCGACUAACCCCAACAUGUGUCACUCCACCAUUUCAUCCACUCAUUCAUCAAGUUCCAGCGUGCAGGUUGUUGAAGAGUCCUAUCUUUCUAUUUUGAUGGAAGAUCCCACAACAUCAAAUCUUGAUCGAGCCACCAGUAUGUCAGAUGUUGCCAGUGUGAACAGCGAGGAGAGCGGAGGUCAGUCCACCACUCAGUAUACCAGUCAACUUUCUAAGUCACCCUCCCACGAGGCUAACAGUGAUUGCUCAAUGCUUCCAGAAGAUUCAAAACUCCAAUGGAGAAUGCAGGAUAAUCUGUUGAAUGAGCUAAAGCCUGGAGUUAAAGCUGCCAUUCUGCGUUGCCCGGCAGCUAAAAACUUUGAGGAUCUCUCACUCUUUGCUAAACUUGUUCCCUACUUCAACGGAAAGCACCACCUGGAGGAAAUCAUGUUUUAUGAAAAUUUGACCAGGUCACAGUUAGUGACGCUGCUGGAGAAAUUCAAAGAUGUUCUCAUACUGAGCAGCCACGAAGCCCUAGCAACAACUCUUAUUUAAUUUAUUUAUUCAUUUUUUGUGGACUUGUUAUCUUGUAAUUCAAGAAAUCAGAAAUGAUUGGAAAGAAAUAUUUCUUUUUGCUUUCUUUUAAUUUUUAUGGUUGUAAAUGUUAAAGAAAAUAUGGUUGGAAGGUAAAUGAAUGGACCAGCCUUUCUCUUGAUUUCCUGCCAAGAACAGCUGCUGACCAGGAAAAGUUGAGUGAUAAGGUUAUGUGAACUGUCACAGCGCCCCUACGACAAAAGUCUAGGGACAGAUGAUGAUGAUGAUGAUGAAGCGUUAUUUCUGUUAAAUAGAUCCAAGAUAAAGUUUUGUGUUGUUUUUUUUUUACAAUGUAAUCUGCGUGGCAUGAUGGCCAAAGAGUAAAGUGCUUUGCUUCUGAACUGGGGGAUUCAUUAGUUUGAACCCUCGUAUAGAUUGGGGUUUUGAACUUCCAGAUAUAUGGGAUGUCCCUGGGCCCAGCCAACCCAUCACAUUAGUUGGGAAAAGUUGGUGGCCACAUGACAACCAUAGAAACAGAUGAGCUUUACAUCAUUUACCCUGUAAGAUCCUAAAAAGAGAACUUUUACAGUAAAGCGGAGUAUGAAAAGAUGCUUUACAGAAAACCAGUAUUAAUGCCAUUUUCUUGUGUUUUCUAUACAUACAAAUAUCUGAAUUAAAAAAACUACUUUUAUGUCUUUCAUAUUGUAUUAACUGUGUUAAGUUUGUUGUAUUAACUCUGUUACUGUUAUGUUAGUAUUAAUUUUGUUACUGUGAAGUUUGUUACAAUCUCUUGUACACUUUUACUGUUGUUAAAUGUUAUGUAACUGCUGUUACUAUUGUAAUAACUCAUAAGUACCAAGGAUUUUAAUUCAUUUUGUAUUGUGCUGGCCACAUAAAUUCUUUUUUUUACCUGAACCAGGUGAUCAAUUAAUCGACUGCUUUUCAAACCUGUAGGUCUUUAAGGAAAACUUUUUCCUUCUUGUUAAACUUUGGUGAUUCCUUGUAAUGCUUAGAGUUAAUGAAAUGUGUAUGUAGCUGAUAUCAUUUGGUGCUGUCAACUCGGUUGUUUUUAACCUAAUAGUAACCGAGAGGAUAGCAUAGAGCUAUAAAUAUUACCAUCUGCCCUAAAUCCUUUAAAUAAAAAUACAAUCUUUUUGCUUUGCCAACAGUGGCAAGUUUGUUUUUUCUUUUUGUCUAAAACCUAGCUCUCGUUCCAUAGAGCUCUUUCUUUAUAUUUGUACCUUGUAACACAAAAGAGUUUCAUUUCCGUCGUACUUUAUGGAAAUUAUCUGGAGUGAGCGCAUCAAGUGUUCUCAGCUGACACAACCACAAGAUUUGAACGCAUCAAGGUUCUCUCCUGACACUACCAUAAGAUUAACUCAAUCUUAGAAGUAAUAUAUUCUUAAUGUAGCUAUGAUCAUGUUUAUGUCUCACUAUGUCUCAUGAAAUUAUUUUGAAAAAAUGACUGAAUGUUCACAAGCCUGGCUGGAUAGGACAGAAUUAUUGGAUCCAAAGCUUUGAAGACUUUCAUCCUUUCUAGUGCCACUUGGCACCUUUCUAUUUUAAAAAACUAUUGUUUUGAGUCAGCAUGAUAUUUAUACAAAUUUCUUCUUCCCCCCCCCCCUUCCCCAUAUUGAACUUCACUGGACCAUUUCAUUUUUUUUUCCAGAUGCAUCCAAAAUUUUUAAAUAUCCCAUGUUUGAUAUAAAAUAUUGACUUUUUCAAAAAAAAAAAAAGUAUUUGUAUGUGCACAGAAAAAAAGAAUUUAUUUCCAUGAA